AAUAGCCCGUUGGUUUAUUAUGAAAGUCAUUACCGGAAGCUGCACUCCUUCAUUGAAGCUGCCGCCGCUCUCUGUUUCGCUCACACUCCGCUCGCGCUGACAGUCUGCCCCCGGGUACAGGCUCUCUGGGACGGAUUCAGUCAACGCUUCAACCCGGCGUCUGGUUCUUCGGACUUUCUAUUUUUAAGAUAUCUUCAGCAGUCUGCACUGUGUUGAAGACGUCAGAACUCACCUGAAAAGCAGCAAGUGAACACGAAUGAAGUGUUUUUUUUUCUCUCCCUCCGGUCAGCUUCAGUCGGUGUAUGCUGAACGAGUUUGAGCGUCCAUCUCAGUUUGUCACUUUUUUUGAAUUUCUUGCUGGGUCCAGUUCUGUGGGUGAAAGUUUUAACCGGAGACUUUGAGCAUCAAAUAGUCCUGUAGUGUACCGGAGGAGAGCAGAAACCUCGACAACUGACAGGAUAACUAGCCGAGCUGCUACCAAUGGAGCCCCGACUGACAGAUAAUCUGAAGGUUGCGGUCAUCCUGAUCGUCCUCCUCUCUACAUGUUCAAGUGAAAAUGACCUUGACAUGAAGUUUUGCGGCACUUGGCGCCAUGGCAAGGGCAACCUGAACCUCAGUGGCAACGUCUCCCCAGGCUGUGAUGGCAUCUCAAUCUCAGCCAAUAAAACCACUCUGUCCAUCAAUGGGAAGAUCACAGCCCAGUGCAAGUGGUCUGAUGUAAUUUCCCUCAAGAAGUUUGGAUUUGAUUCAGCCGAGGAAAGUUUCUUCUGUCUGUACUGGGAGCCACUGCUGGACCAGUUAAGGCUGCAGUUCAGAGAAAAGCACUUUACUCUGUGCUGGCCUGCCAGCCUGCAGGGCCGCUGCUGCACGGAUCUGUCUCAUGGCGCCAACACGGCCGAAGCACGUUAUGGCAUCAUCAAUGGAACGGUCAAAACUGAUCAAGUCACCAGCAAAACACUUAUGGCCUACACGUUUAAUGGAACAUACAUCAACUGCUCGGAAUUAUGUGAUCAAGCAAGCCAGGGAUCCAGCCAUGUCAAGAUGAUCAAAGACGUUAUGGAGAGGUCCUUGGUUGAAGCCAUUGUUGAGCAUCCCUGCGCUCGCAGCUCUGAGGUGGAGAUGAAGAAGGAUUUCAGAGGCUACAACCUGACAUCGCCUAUCACUAAAGUUGUGUCUGCAGAGUCCCCUAUCACUGUCCAGAUCCCCGUCGCUCUAAAACAAGCCGCAAAACACACCAACAAAGUAGUCUGCACUUUCUUCAAAAACAACUCCCUGUUCCAGGAGGGAGACAAAGUGGGCAGGAUUCUUGACGAUGUCGUGGGAAUCACUGUGGAGAAUGAGGUCAUCACUAAUCUGCCUGAGCCAAUUCGGAUAGGCUUUCACCAUGAUGUCAUACCUAAAACACAUUCAAGGAAAUGUGUUUCAUGGGACACCAGGACAGAUCCGAUGCAGGUCAAGUGGUUAGUAAACGGAUGUGAGACACGUCAGCGAGGAGCGAAUCACACAGAGUGCCUCUGCAACCACCUGACGUACUUCUCUGUGCUUGUGCAACUGGAGCCUCGCCCAGUGUGCCACCUCCUGGCACUGACCACCAUUACAUCUCUGGGCUGUGCUGUGUCUGUGAUCAGCUGUGUUGCUCUUAUCGUUUUUCUCUGCAGGAAGAGCAGGCGAUCUAAGGAGCAGUCCAUACCCAUCCACUUGGGCUUAACUGUCUCUCUUGCCUUCCUCAACCUGCUCUUCUUCUUUACUGGGGUCCUGGCCAACGUGGGAGGGGAGAGGGUGUGCGCCUGGGUGGGGGCAGGCCUCCACUACACCCUGCUUAGCUCCUUCACCUGGAUGGGCAUAGAGAUUUUCCACACCUUCUGGUUGGUCUACGUGGUUUUCAACCCCUCGCCAAAGCCCUAUGUGUGGAACCUAGUCGGUUUUGCUCUCCCUGCUGUGCCCAUUGUCAUCCUGGCUGCAGUGGGUGACAUUUAUGGAGUGAGAGAGGUGCUGCCAUGUGAUGACCUAUCCAGUCCUUAUCUGAUGUGCGGGAUGAAAGGUAACUACAGUGCCUUGCUGGCCCACUACUUCACCAACAUCACAAUGUUGGCCAUCCUGGUGUCCUCGGGCUUUGUGAUGCUCUUCCUGGUCUAUAGGGAGAUACGCAACAGGGAAGAAUGGAGGCAGAACCAGGUGGCUUUUCUCAGCAUCUGGGGCCUCAGCUGCCUCUUUGGGACAACUUGGGGUCUGACCUUCCUGAAUUUUGGACCUCUCUCUGACUUGGUUAACUUCCUCUCCUGCAUCCUCAACUCUUUUCAAGGCUUCUUCCUGAUGUUGCGGUUCUACAUGCUGGACUGGAUGCGGAAAAAGGCUGGUGGCUCUGCUCUAGGCAGCACCAGCACCGGAUCUACCAGACAACACAUGCUACAGGACAAGAGUUAGAUGGAAAUCUUAUAGAAGUCAGUGAAAAAAUAGAGAAGAAUGUGGCAUCACUGUCUAUUAGCACCAGCUUAUCAAGUUAAAUGGCCUUGAUCAGUCAUUAAUGUGGGUGUAAAUUGUGUAGAGCCACAGAUGGUACUCACAAGUGUAAAGCAUAUGGCUGGAGAGUAGAAAUAUAAUUAACAGCUUGCUGGAAGUAUUUUAAUCAACCCCAUCCUUUUAAAACAGGUUUAAAAAGAUAUUUGAUUACUUGAUUUUUCUUCUCUGGGACAGUGGAGAAGAGAUGACACCAUCACUCAGGAACUCAUAAUAUAGGCCUGGAGCCUAUAUUUACAGAAUACCUAGACUGGGUCUAUUUAUAGAAGGGAAAGAAUCUCUUUGAGAGUUUAAAUUGUAAGCUGGGAAUGAAGUUAAGCUUUAUUUCCAGAUGGAAACAUAGGGAAGUUAUAUGACUGCAGGUUACUUUGCUGUGAUUUCCAUUCUAUUGUCUGUAAAGAAAAACUAUAUAAUGUAAUAUACUAUAUAUAUUAUUAUUGAAGUUCUCCUUGAACCUCGGAUAAGCUUUUUAUUUUAAAUUUUGUACUGUGUAAGUAUUUGUUUUAUAGCUAAUUUUAAGACUUUUAAAGUAGCACUUUAGGUUUUCAAUAAAAAAAAGUACUUAUAGAACCUCAAUGAGUUGCUGUUGUAUUGCUCUGAUAUGCAUAAUAGAAGAUAUUUCAUAUACAGUAUGAAUGCAUUGUAAAAUAAUAGCUGAAUGUUUUAUAAUAGACUCCAGGAUGAUUCCAUAUCUUUUCCAGACUGUAUUCACACCUUUAGUUAAAAAUAAUGAACAUAAUAAUGAUCAGGUCUUCACCUUCAAAAUGGACCAAAAUGUAUUAGUUAGUUAAAUUAAACUUAAUUUGAACAUUCAUUUCAUCCUCAGCUGAACACAUGAGCUUUUAGAUACUGUGAUAUUUGCACUUUUUAUGUCACUCAAAUGAUGUAUAUAUGUGUGUUUGUAUAUAUUUAAGUUUUUGUGGCUUUAUAUAAAGUAUUAAUAAACGAAA